UCUCGCAGUCGUAACAGGACCUCAGGAUCGGUAGUCGGUAUUAUCCAGAUAGAUACCUUUGUGUACGACGUGUUCGUUCGGAUUAUUCACUGCUUAUCGUAUGUGACCUGCGUAUUAACAUGGGUAUAUAGCGUCCCGUACUGACAUCACGCAUGACUGCUGUAGAAUACACUGUUCAGGCUUCUAGUGUAAAGGAAGUAUGUGAACUUCGAGUAAGGAGAAAAACGUUUGUUGUAGGUCACGGUACCGUUACAAAUUACGUGGAAAUGAUAAACAGCCUCUUCGUGCAUUUUACCACACGAAGACAUUUAAACAGAAAGUUUUAGUUUUGGGAAAAAGAGACGAGAGAAAAAUGAUGUGAACUAUUUUGCUAAACACCGUGUACUUUCUAUUAAGAAAAUAAGACUUUUCCGUCAGAUGAUAAAAUAGUGCUUUAAGAGAAUAUUGGUAUUGACCAACGAUUAUUAUGAUUUCAUAAACUAACGAAUAUACACCAAAAAGUAAAGUUUGGCACGAAGACGUCAGACCACUUAGAUCGAUAAAAUGAUAAUUAAUUUUAGGAUUAAUUUUCAAAGUCAUAUAAUUUUAAUACGAAUGGUGUUUAAAUGCGAAGUCGAGUGACUGAAAAGUGCCACAAUCGGAAGUCCCCUUACCAACAUGAAACGAAACAUGUUUGCAUUUAGGGUCAAGCAUCUUUUGCUUGUGUGUUUGUUAACGAGUCUAUUUUUAUAUUAUACUUCAAAUCCCAAAAUAAAUGAGAUCCCCACUGAACCUGAAACGGGAAAUGGACAUCCGAAAUAUGAAGCACUCCACAAAAAAGACGAUCACCCUCACGAUGUCAUAGACAACUUCAUUGAUACUUUCGUCAAUGAUGAUUUUAAAAUCAAUAUUAAACCCGCUGCUAGUAGCACGGAUCAAUCCUUAUUCUAUGUCGGUGAAAAUGAAACUGGGGCGUCGACAGAGGACGAAUACGAUGAAGACAGCUACGAUAGUGAUGAAGAAGUAAGGGGGGCAGCACAUGACGGAUACGAUUACGACAAUCGUCCCAGACAGUCAGCGAAAGCUAAUAAUGUCUAUAAUGAAGAUACAUUCUCCUCUUUAAAGGAAGUUGCUGUCUCAACGGCAAGUUCCAAAAGAAAAGACGGUAUCAACCACAAAAAUGUACAUCCUCGACCUUCCAAUCCGAAAGAAAAAAUUAUCAUCAAACAAAAGACUGCCACUCCAGUCGGCAUUGCAAGAAAUGUCCAGGGUUCCCCAAAAGUAAUCGCACCUCCUACUGUUACUCCUCUUGGAACUAACGAUCCUCCCCAACUGGCACCGCUCAUCAACAAGGAGCGACAGAAUCAAAUUCACAAAGAAUCACCCAUCGUGGUCCUUCCUAGAGACUCUUAUUGGCCACCUGUACUGCAGCCCUCUAACGCUCGGAUAUUUUCUGAGAUAAACUACACGAGAUACAACCCAGAGGACAGAAAGUACUUAUCGGGACGCGUGGGCGUUUAUGAGGAACGGGCGCGGACUGUCAGCGAAGUCUGCAGAAAUCACCCCGACCUGAUCACAGCCACGCCCGUCCACAACUUCGUGUGGGACCGACUUCAUGACCCCAACAUCGUUUGGUGUGAAAUAUCAAAGGUGGCAUCAACCAGCUGGAUGGUGAACUUCUUGCGGCUCGGUCACUACAGAGAAAAUGACACUACUUUGGCGGGUUUUUCAGAGAAAGAACGAGACGCAAUUAGGUUCGAGACGAGGCUAAAGGACAGCAACCUGCACUUCAGAGUGCUACGCUUGUUCCCAGCUCCCAACACUACGAAAGAGAGAUUCGAAGUUUUCUCCAAAGCGCUGAGGUUCAUUAUAGUACGAGAUCCGUUCACCCGAUUGCUAUCAGCAUACCAGGAUAAGAUGACGACGCUGAACCCACUCCCUAUAAUUUACAAAUUCCGCCAACUUCAAAUAGAUAUAAUUGAAAGAUAUCGUGGGAAUAAAACAAUUCCCAACAACCACGACCCGAAUUUCCCUACGUUUGAGGAGUUUGUUCAGUACGUGAUCGAUUCCACAGCAGACCUGAAAACUUUGAAAGACUGGAAAAAGGUAAUAUGCUGGCAGCCCUACUGGACGAAAUGCGGCGUCUGUGCUCACGAUUUCCAAAUGAUCAUGAAAACGGAAACGAUGGAGGAAGACGAGCGGUUUCUAGUGAAGCUGGCCAACCUCCACGAAUUAGAUAAGGUCCACGAAUGGCGGCAUUCGAAAAAAAGUGACAUUGAGAAGGAGGAGUUCUUCAAGCAACUGAGUACUGAACAAGUUCAUUCCCUGUAUCAGCGUUAUCAUCUCGACUUCUUGCUGUUUGGAUAUUCCAUCGAUAAGUACCUGGAACUUGCAUACGACGUCCAGAAACAGAAUGACUGAAAUGCUGUACCAUGCAAAUGUAUACAAUUUGAUUUAUGAUGACUGAAAUUAUAUUUCCAUGACUACAUUUUUUUAGUGAUACAGUUGCCUGAUUAAAAAGUUACUAUUGAUUUUCAUCUCUAUAAUAUUUAAGCAUUCCGCAGUCAAAAAGUUCACUGAAUAAAAUACGUCAUUUUUAUUUCUAUAUCAUAAACUUUGAGGCCUUUUCGCUUAAAAAAGGGUACUGUAUUAACUCUGACUAAUGAAUGAACCUAUUUUAUCCUACUGGCCCAUUUUUCCCUGUCUUUUCCGAUUUAAUAUAAAUUUGUUGCAUUAAACCCACUCUUUUAUGAACCACGGAAAUAAUGAUUGGACUGAAAGGAGAGUAACAAAAACUGCAUAUAACAAAAACUUGACAACUUC